GCUAUGAGUCGGAAUCAACUCAGCGGCAACGGGUAUAUCAUUUCCUUGUAUAUUAUGUUUACUGUUUACUGUCUUCUCUCCUCUCUCCCCACUACAGCAGAAGCUCCAUGAGGGCAAGGAUUUUUGCUGGUUUUGUUUACUGUGGUUAGAUUAGAGUCAAGCUCAUAGUAAUUGCUUGGUGAAUAUUUGUUGAAUGAAUUGGGUGACUGGGACACUGAGUUUCACCUUCCACUUGGAAUUUUCUUGUUACUUCCAUACCAUCUGGACCCCAGAGACACUGUCUUCCCCUUUUAAUGAGCAAAGAGAAGAACAUCUUCUCUUGGUUCUGCCUUGGCAUAAUUGUCAUAGGCUGAAGAGUUUAAGGAAAUGUUUUGAGGACUAACAACAAUAGAGAAAUUAAUACAGAAAAUGCAAGAAGUAUGAAAAUAGUCUCCCUUAUAAAGUGUAUGGCUCUUAAGUCUGCCAUAACUAGCUUGCUUUAGUAUCUUGCAGGCCCACUAGUCUAUCCACUUAUCAUGAGAAAUCUAAUUCUAGCUUCAGAGAACUAGUACUGACCUUGUCUUGAUGUCCUGUAUGUGGCACCAUCUCAUAAUCUGCUACUAAGGAGCUCCCUCUUGUACUUCUUGGUAACUGUCACUGAGGCCAAGAGAACACCAUUUUCUAGUUUAUGCAUCAUCUCUUUUAUUGAAACUAAUAACCUUAUGCUUCAGGUGAACUAUCUCGCACAGGGCGUAUGGCCUUCAUUCAUUUCUUUUUCUUUUUUAAAUAAACAUUUAUUGAGAACCGUCCAUGCGCCUUGGAAGAAGUAUAGUCAGAAUGCUCCUUAGAAGCAAGGAUGACGAGGCUUCAUCUCACAUGUUCUGGACAUGUUAUCAGGAGGGACCAGUCCCUGAAAAAGUAAAGUGCAGGGUCAGCGUGAGGUUGACACUGAGGUCAGUUACUAUGAAAGAAAACAGUGCCUCAGACUGUCUCAUAACUAAGUCAUGCUUGGUAAAUAGAGGGUCAGCAAAAAAGAGGAAGACCCUCAGUGAGAUAUAUUGACCCAGUGGCUGCAACGAUGGGCUCAAAAGUAGUAAUGAUUGUGAGGAUGACGCAGGACCGGGCAGUGUUUCGUUCUGUUGUACGUAGGUUCGCUAUGAGUCGGAACCAGCUUGACGGCACCUAACAACCACCACCACCACCAUGUGCCAAGCCUGAUGCUAGAUUCAAGGCUGUUCAGCUUGACCCUGAAGAAGCUCGUCAUGCUCAAAGAAAUGGACAAAGAUCUUAACUCGGUGGUCAUCGCUGUGAAGCUGCAGGGUUCAAAAAGAAUUCUUCGCUCCAACGAGAUCAUUCUUCCAAUGAGUGGACUGGUAGAAACAGAGCUCCAACUAACCUUCUCCCUUCAGUACCCUCAUUUCCUUAAGCGAGAUGCCAACAAGCUGCAGAUCAUGUUGCAAAGGAGAAAGCGUUACAAGAAUCGGACCAUCUUGGGCUAUAAGACCCUGGCUGUGGGACUCAUCAACAUGGCUGAGGUGAUGCAGCACCCCAAUGAGGGCGCUCUGGUGCUUGGCCUGCACAGCAAUGUGAAGGACGUGUCCGUGCCUGUGGCAGAAAUAAAGAUCUACUCCCUCUCCAGCCAGCCGAUCGACCAUGAAGGAAUCAAAUCUAAGCUGUCUGAUCGUUCUCCUGAUAUCGACAACUAUUCUGAGGAGGAGGAGGAGAGCUUCUCAUCAGAACAGGAAGGCAGUGAUGACCCGUUGCACGGGCAGGACCUAUUCUAUGAAGAUGAGGAUCUCCGGAAAGUAAAAAAGACCCGGAGGAAACUAGCCUCAACCUCUGCCAUCACAAGGCAACCUAACAUCAAACAGAAAUUUGUGGCCCUCCUGAAGCGGUUUAAAGUCUCAGAUGAGGUGGGCUUUGGGCUGGAGCAUGUAUCCCGGGAGCAGAUCCGGGAGGUGGAAGAGGACCUGGAUGAGCUGUAUGACAGUCUGGAGAUGUACAACCCCAGUGACAGCGGUCCUGAAAUGGAGGAGACGGAGAGCAUCCUGAGCACACCAAAGCCCAAGCUCAAGCCCUUCUUUGAGGGAAUGUCGCAGUCCAGCUCACAGACGGAGAUCGGCAGCCUCAACAGCAAGGGCAGCCUUGGGAAAGAUACCACCAGCCCUAUGGAAUUGGCUGCUCUAGAAAAAGUCAAAUCUACUUGGAUUAAAAACCCAGAUGACAGCUUGACUGAAACAGACACUCUGGAGAUCACCGACCAGGACAUGUUUGGAGACAUAAGCACCAGUCUGAUUGUGCCAGAGAAAGUCAAAACCCCCCUGAAGUCCAGCAAGCCCGACCUCCAGGGCUCAGCCUCCCCCAGCAAAGUGGACGUGGUGCACACACCCCGGCAGAAGAGGAGCACACCCCUGAAGGAGAGACAGCUUUCCAAGCCUCUGAGUGAGAGGACCAACAGCUCCGACAGCGAGCGCUCACCCGACCUGGGCCACAGCACACAGAUUCCAAGGAAGGUGGUGUAUGACCAACUGAAUCAGAUCCUGGUGUCAGACGCUGCCCUUCCAGAAAAUGUCAUCCUCGUGAACACUGCUGACUGGCAGGGCCAGUAUGUGGCAGAGCUGCUCCAGGACCAGCGGAAGCCUGUCGUGUGCACCUGCUCCACCGUGGAGGUCCAGGCCGUGCUGUCCGCCCUGCUUACCCGCAUCCAGCGCUACUGCAACUGCAACUCGACCAUGCCACGGCCAGUGAAGGUGGCUGCGGUGGGAGGCCAGAGCUACCUGAGCUCCAUCCUCCGGUUCUUCGUCAAGUCGCUGGCCAGCAAGACCUCCGACUGGCUCAGCUACAUGCGGUUCCUCAUCGUUCCCCUCGGUUCUCACCCUGUGGCCAAGUACCUGGGCUCGGUCGACAGUAGAUAUAGCAGCACCUUCCUUGAUGCUGGCUGGAGAGACCUGUUCAGUCGCUCAGAGCCCCCUGUGGCAGAGCAACUGGACGUGGUGGGGCGGGUGAUGCAGUACGUCAACGGGGCGAGCGUGACACACCAGCUUCCCGUGGCCGAGGCCAUGCUGACCUGCAGGCAUAAGUUCCCUGACGAAGACUCAUAUCAGAAGUUUAUCCCCUUCAUUGGCGUGGUGAAGGUAGGUCUGGUGGAAGACUCUCCUUCAACAACAGGCGAUGGGGAUGACUCACCUGUGGUCAGCCUGACUGUGCCCUCUACGUCGCCACCCUCCAGCUCAGGCAUGAGCCGAGAUGCCACAGCCACCCCUCCCUCCUCCCCGUCCAUGAGCAGUGCCCUCGCCGUCAUGGGGAGCCCCAACAGCCCGUACGGGGAUGUCAUUGGCCUCCAGGUGGACUACUGGCUGGGCCACCCCAGUGAGCGGAGGCGGGACGGCGACAAGAGGGACGCAAGCUCCAAGAACACCCUCAAGAGUGUCUUCCGCUCGGUGCAGGUGUCCCGCCUGCCCCACGGUGGCGAGGCCCAGCUUUCUGGUACCAUGGCCAUGACUGUGGUCACCAAAGAGAAGAAUAAGAAAGUUCCCACCAUCUUCCUGAGCAAGAAGCCUCGAGAGAAGGAGGUGGACUCGAAGAGCCAGGUCAUCGAGGGCAUCAGCCGCCUCAUCUGCUCCGCCAAGCAGCAGCAGACCAUGCUGAGAGUGUCCAUCGAUGGAGUUGAGUGGAGUGACAUCAAGUUCUUCCAGCUGGCAGCGCAGUGGCCCACCCAUGUCAAGCACUUUCCAGUGGGACUGUUCAGUGGCAGCAAGGCCACUUGAGGGCACUGUCUCCUGGC